AUGAAAUAAGCAAAAUCAAUUAAAACUAGACAUAGAAUAAACAAACAUUUUGGUAAAAAGUCAAAUAGUUCUUCUCAAGAAUAUGUUAAAAAAGAAAAUAAUAAGAAGACGACAAUACUAACCAGGACUAGGUUUCUUAAAAUUAUAAAUUUUAAGAAUAAGAUAAAGAUUAAAAUUAAAAAUAUAUAAAAAAAAAAAAAAAAUUAGUUUUAAGUAAAAAAAAAAAAUAUAAAGAUAUUUAAAUAUAAAUAUUAUAUUUAAAAAAAAAGAAAACGAUACAUUAAUUUGGCCUUAAGAUAAUUUUCCACAAGAAAAGAAAUAAAAGAUUUAAUAAAUUAUGGUGCUUAAAACAAAGACUUAAAAAAUAAAAAUAGUAGUAAAGUUAUUGAUAAAAUUUUUACCAAUUUGAAUGAAGGAUACUCCUUAUGUGAUUUAAAAUUAGUUUUUGUUUCUUAACCAGAUGGUGAGAAAUUAAUAAAAAUAAAUCUUUUUCGCAAAAACUUGGUUUUUUUAAACGAUUUUGUAGAUGAUUUAGUUAAAUUUUUCCGAACUCCAUUUAAUGGUUCAGAUGAUAUUGAAAGUAAAUAUUUUUUCAAACAGCCAGAUUAUAAUAAUUAUCCUCCUAUGGUGGUUAAGAUUUUAGCCAAAGAUAUAUGGGCUAUAAUACAUGAAAAUCUAAACGACUAUUCUUAAAAUUGCCUUGCGAUUAAUUUAGAUGUGGACUAUUUAUAAGAGUGGAUAGGAGAUAGUUUUAUGGGACCAGGAAGUGCCUAUAUGGACAUAAAUGCAAAUUUAAAUAGGGUUUAAAUUUUUAAAUCUGAGUUUUUAUAUAAAGCCUAAUAGUAUCAAGGAAAUGGAAAUUUCACAAAUUAAGAAGUUGUGAUUAAAAUUGAUAAUAAUAAAAUACAUAAAUUUAGGAAUAUUAUUAUUUGCAUUUCUUAGGUAAAAAAAAUAAUCGGAAUUACUUCAUCUUUAUUUAACCCUUCUUAUUAUACAAUCCAUAGGGUUACAGAUUUCAGGUAAAUUAUAAAUGUAUAGAAUAGGAUUAGAUAUUCGAAUAAUAAAAUACAUGACAUAUUAUACAAUUAAAAAUAAAGUACAGAAAAUUUUUAUAUUAUAUCGAAUAAUUAAGAAAAAAUAAUUAAUUAUGAUUAAAUUUAAAAUUUCGAGCCUAUUAGGAUGUCUUGGGAGUAAAUUUAGGCUCAGAAUAUUUAAUUUUAGGAAAAAUGUAUAAAUGUAAUGAAAAUAUAAUUGUAAAGAUUUAAAAUCGAGGUAUUGAAAAAUUCUUUUGGAAAUUAAAUUUCUAAAAUAAAAAUUUCUAAAUUAAUUAUGAAAAAAAUCACAAAAUAUAAUAAUUAUUAUCUAGGACUUAAAGGAUGUUUAAAAAUAAAAUAUUUUAAUAAAAGGAAAUAAUUCUACGAGCCAUUUUUAGAACCUUGGACUUUUUUUAUAAGAAAAAAAUUAAUUGAUUCUUAGAUAAGUAUUUAAAAGCACUAAGAUAUAGAAUUAGAAAUAAAGAAUUUUGUAAAAUAAAAUAAAAUAAAAAAUGAAGAAUAACAAAGCAUUCCUGAAAGUGUAUAAUUAAAUGAAAAUUCUCUUAAUAUUAAUAUAAGUACUGCUUUUUUAGAAACAGCUAUUGAAACUGCAAAUAUAUACAGCGAACCUUAAAAUACAGAAGAUCCUUAUUAAAUUUAGAAUAAUUUGGGAUAUGGGGUACUUUUUACUAUAGGCGAAAAAAAGAAGAUUUAUAUUGAAAAUUUACUUUAGUAGUUUGUAGAAUCAGGAAAAAAUAAAAAUGUUUAGCCUAAAUUUACUUAAGAGAAAGAUUAAAAUAAUAAUCCUAUAAAAAAUAACAAAAGUAGAAAUUUUUUAGUAAAUUUUAUUAUUUUAAAUGAAGAAAAAGAUAAGAGACUUAAUAAUCUAGAAUAAAAAUAUAUGAAUAAUGUUAUAAAUUAAUUAUAGAAAUAAUUAAAUUAGCCUUAAAGAGUUUAAGGAAAUUAAUAAGAUUAUGCGAAAGCAAUGAAUUUUUUAAGUUAAUUUACUUUGAGAAAAAAUAAAACAUAGUUUAAUUAAACUUAAUAGGAAAGUCUUUCUAGUACUGCAGGUAAUGAGAAAAAUAUUAAAGGACGAAAAUUACUAAUUACUAAAAAUUUUAGCGAAUAUAGAACUAUUAAUAAUGUUUCCUUGGAUUUUGUAGGAAAGUAAUUCUAUGAAAUUGAGUCUAUUAAUUCUGAUUUAAAUAAUGAAGUAUAAAAAUAAAAUAAAGAAUAAUAAAAUAAAUUAAUGUAAAAUUUCAUGUUUACAAGCAAAAAAAGAUUACCUGGAUGGGAUAAACAUUAUUUUGUUUUAGAAACAAAUAUAGACCAAAAAUAAGGACACAAAAUGAUAAGAAUAUCUAGCUCUAUUAAUUUAUAUAAUAAUUUAAAUGAGAAUCUUAAAGUUUAUUUAUAUUUAAAUCCUACACAAAAAAAUUUAUAUUAAUUAAAAUAAAUAAACUAAUUUAAAAUUUAAACUUAAUCUAAAUAAUAAGUGGAAAUAAAUAAGUUUAAUUUACCUUUUAUAUAAAUUAAAAUGAAUAUAAAUGAUUUUGAAAAUAUAGAUGCUAAGCAUAAUAAAACUUAAACAAAAACUAUUUUCGAAGUAAAAAAAAAUUAAAACAUUAACAUACCUCUAUAAUAUUUGGAAAAAUUCGCCUUUAUUGGCUUUGAAAUUUCUGAAUAAGAUAAAAAAUAUUAGAAUGAAAAAAACUAACAACAAAAUGAAGAGAAAGACAUUAACUUUUAUGCUUUAAGUGACCUAAUUAGAAACAAUAGUUAUAUAUCAGAUUUUGAAACUGAUGAUGAGAAUAUAUUCGUGGACAUUUUGGGUUAAAUAGAAGACAAAAAUACACGUUUGGUACAUAAAUAAGAUGUUUAAAUAGAUACCCAAGAAAGUUUUUUUUUUAUUUCGACAAUAAAAAACCGAUAAAUAAUUUAGUCAACUUAUAAAACUAAAGAAACUGAAAAUUUUUGUUAUGAUACUAUUUUAGUAGUAAACCCAGUUUUAAAAAUAACAAACGCAACAGUUUUAAAUUUUUAAAUUUAAAUAGGUGAUUAAUAAAUAAAAAAAGUACUUUUUAUGGAUCAAUCUGUAAUUCCUUAUAAAGUUAAGUGGAGCCAAUAAGUGUAAUUAAGUAUAAAAAAAUAUGAUUAAAAAGAUGAGAAAACAACGUAAUAAAAUAAAUUUAUACAUAUAAAUGUUUUUCCAAUGAAAUUUAAAAAAACUGAAGUGCAUAAAUUAAGUGGAAAAGAUUUGGAUUUUUUCUUACAUUUUGAACAUAUUAAAAUUUCAAAACAUUGCAGGGAAAUUAUUAUGUAUAUUCCUUAUUUAAUUCAUAAUAAAUCUUAAUAGGAUUUAGUUUAUAGUGAUGGUCAAUAUCUCGCUUAUUAUAAAAAAUAUGAAAAAAAUUAAAAAUAUAAUAUUGCCAAUGAUAUUGAACAAAUAAAAGAAAACAAUAUGCAAAAUUCGAAUAUUCCUGUAGAUAUUUAAACCCUUUAUUAAAAUAAAGUAUAAGUGUUAUCAUCUUCAAAUAAUAUUAGAGUUAUGAAAUUCGCUUUUAGGGAUACUAAAACGGCUUUGGACUAUGAUUGGUCAUAAAAAAUUAGUCUAUAAUAAAAAAAUAAUGUCAAUAUUCCUUUAAUGAAUUAUAAUAAAAACGAAUUCGAGUUUAAUGUGAAUAUUAGAUAGUGUUAGGGGAGUUUUUAUAGGACAAAUAUUAUUGAAAUAAAACCAAAAUAUUAUAUUUUUAAUUUCACGAGUUAAACUUUGGAUAUUUUCUAAUAUUUAGAUGAUGAUAAUAAUGUAAAAAUUUUCACUUUAUAAUCUUAGAAAUCUAAGGAGUUCUUUUGGGUCACUAAAAGUUAUAAAAAAGCUAUUUAAUUGUAAAUUAUAGAUUUUAAUGAUAUAAAAGAUAAAUAAGAAACGUAACAACCGAAAAAAAAAUUUUCGAUUUCAAGAGAAAAAAAAAUAAAUGAUUUUGCUGUAAAACUUCCUUUUUUGUAAAAUUAAAAGAAAUAAUAUAAAUAUAUUACAGUUAAUAUUUUAUUUUAAGAUAAUGUAAUAUGUAUAAAACUAAGUGAAAAAUAAUAACCUCCUUAUAUUAUAUAUAAUUAAACAUCUCAUGAAAUAUUUAUUUAGCAAUUUAUUAAUAAUAAAGAUAAUAGACUAAUGUGUUGUGGAAGUAAAAAAAAAAACUUCACAACAGAAAGGAAAAUUAUUUUUCCUAAAUAAAGAAUUCGAUUUACUUGGGAUCACUGGAUUUUAGACAGUGAUAAAUAGAUAUAAGUUGAAAUCGAAUAAGUAAAAUAAGUUUAUAAUUUAGAUAAAUUAAAAAACUAUGAGCCUAUAACAUUAUAAAAAAGCGAUAAUAUAAAUAAUAAUAUCCAAAACUAGCUCUAAAAAUAAAAAAAUAAGCUUUUAUUUAAAAAAGGUUAUUUAAAUAUUUGCGAUAACUUCAAAAAUGUAUUCCGCUAAUAUUUCUGUGUAUUAGAUAUAAAUAAAUAAAAAAUAAAACUUUAUAUAAUUAAUGUAAAAUACUAAACAAUAAAAAUUUUAGGAGCAAAACUUGAAUAAAGCCGAAACGGUUUUUUGAUUACGACAAAUACUUAAAAAAUGUUCGAAGUAAAGAUUUAAAAUCAAUCAAAAGAAUAUAUUGAUUGGUAUAAUUGUAUUCAUUAGUCUAUAUUAGUAAAUACUCCUGAAAAGGUCGAUUUUAAAAUAGAACCUAGAAACGGGACUAUGGAAAUUACAUUUUUUGUUUAAAGAAUAGGUAUUUAUAACAAUAAUAACAAUAGUAAAAACAAAGUCGAGAAUGAAUUAAUUACCUAUGAUGAAGAUGGGAAACCUUUCCAAACUAAAAAUAAUAUUUUGAAAGUUUCUAUUAGUAAUAUGAUUGGAAUUAGUAUUAUUGAUAAUAAAACAUUUGAGUUAUUUUCUAUAUCUUUUAAGAAUUUGUAAUGUAUUUACUCUAAGAAUGAAAGAUAUAUAAAGGAAGUAAAAGACAAUGAUUAGGAAAAACUAAUUGAUAAUAAAUCUUAAAUUGAUGAAAUGGAAAAUAAUUAAGAUUAGUUUUAGAAUGAAUAAAUUAAAAAAAAAAACAUUACGAAAAAUAUUUAAAAUAAUAUUCUUUAAUUUAGUGUAGAAAAUAUUUUUGUUAAUAAUUAAAAUGAAAAAGCGUAAUUUCCUGUCGUAUUUGCCUCUGAUAAGAAAAAAACAGGGGAAAAUCCUCCGCCAUUUAUUUUCAUACAAGUGAACUGGAAAAAUAUAGAUAAUCAAGAAGUUUAAGAUGUGCAAGAAGAAAGACAAAAAAUAUAAUAAUCUAUUUAAUCUCCUUUAAUAUAAAAUGCAUCAAAUUUAUAAAACCAUCCUUAAAUAGUAACUAGUAAUAAAACACAUUAAAAUCUAAUUUCAUAACAAAUGAAUUAAAAAAAUAAUUUUAAAAUAAAUGCUAUAAAUAUAGAAUAACAUAAUGAUGAAACAAAAGAGAAUUAAAAUAUUUAAGAAUAAAUGGAAUCAUAAUAAUCACUUUAUUUUUAAGCCUAUCAUUAAAAAGAAUCUAUGUAAUGGAUUAACUCUUUAUAAGUUUACAUUGAUCAUUUUGAAAUUAGGAUAGAUUAAUAAAUUAUUUAAAGUUUUCUUAAAUUUAAAUCUUAAAUUGAUAAAGUUACUUAUCACACAAAUGAAGUUAAUAAGCCUUCUUAAGUUUAAAUGAUUUUAGAAAAUUUUAUUUUAGACUAAUUAGAUGAUGUAUUAUAAAAAAAUCUAAAAUAAAAUUAAACAAAUAGCAAAAAAGCUAUAUAUAUUAAGCAUUUGCACUUUCAGCCUAUUGACUUUUGCUUAACACUAAAUAUGUCAGAUAACUAGUAGAAUUAUGGAUCUUUAAAAUUAUCACCUUUAGCUGUGUUUCAAUAAUUUGGACUUGAAUUAGUUUCUAUUGAUUAAGCUAAUAUUAAAUUAAAUGCUUUAAAUCAAUCUCAUCUAUAUGAUACACCAUAAAAUAUUUAAACGAGAAUAUUUAAACAUUAUACUACUUAGUUUAUGAUUGAAUUAUAUAAAAUCUUUGGUAGUUUUCAAGCUAUAGGAAACCCUGUAAAACUUGUAAAUGAAAUAACUUCUAGUGUUUCCAAAAUGAUUUAUGACCCAUUAAAAGCUUUAACUAAAGGAAAUGGAAAAUAAGCAAUUGGAGAUUUCGCUCAAGGAGCUUUAACUUUAGUUUAAAAUACAAUACAAAGUGUAUAUAAAACCAUAAAAAAUAUUACAGGAUUUUUUGCAAGGAUUAUUGUAAAAAUGACUUUUCAUAAAAGAUAUUAAUAAGAUAGAUAAAUAAAAAUUAAUAGACAAAUUAAAAGCCUACAUGAUGGAUUAAUUAUUGGUGGAAAAAAUUUAAUUGCUGCAUUAAUUGAUGCUUUAACUGGAAUUAUAUAUAGGCCUUUGAAGGGAUGUAGAAAAAAAAUUAUUCUAGGAUUUAUUUUUGGCGUUUAUUAAGCUGCUGCUGGCUUAAUAAUUAAGCCAUCUAUUGGUAUUUAUGAUUAUUUAAUUAGUAUUUGUGAUGGAUUACUUAAUUAAGCUAUUUUUGAAGAACAUAUAAUGGAAAACAGAAGUAGACCACCAAGAAUAUUUCAUGAUAAAAUUGAUAAGUUUUAAUAUUAAUUAGUUAUAGGAAUUGAUAUAUUGACUAAAUUGAAGCUCAAACCUGAAAAAUAUGAAAGUAUAUUGUAUUAUGAUGAAAUUAAAGUACUUAAAAGAACUAUAAGGGAAAUUGUUUUGACUGAUCUAAGGCUUGUUUAUGCAAAAGUAAAUAUAAUAAAAUUUUAAAUUUAUUUUUAUUUUUUUAAAUAUUAGAAAAAUUCUUAAGUUGAAUUUUCAAAAGUGAUUUUGCAUAAAAUAAGAAAUGUAAUAUAUAAUUAAAAAAAAAAAAAGUUUAUAUUUUAAUAUGAUAUUCCUGUAAAAAAUGUUAUUGGAAAAAAAGUUACUGAAGUUACUAUUUUGUAUGAUGAUGAUAAAAAGGCGAGAGAUUUUAUAAAAAUUUUAAGGAAGCAUUUUAAAUAAUAAUAGAUUAUUGUAAAUUUUAUACAAUAAUGA